AAGACUUAUUAUUUCUAAAAAAAAAAAAAAGACAAAACUGCUAGAAUAUAAUAAUGGACAACGCUUUCUCGGAAAACCAACAACAGCAACAUCAAGUACUCACUAGCCAUGAAAUCCAAGCCAUGACUGAAUUCACGCAACACAUCAAUUGGCCGCUAAACAUUCUACAAGAAUUACGCGACAUAGUUCAUGUUCUGUCCCCUAAGCUUUGUAUCCUUGUAUGCUCCCAGGCGUCAAUCGAGCUAUUAGGUUACCAGCCCUCAGAGCUCGUUGGACACUUGUUUACCGAGUUCAUUCACGACGGCGAGGCAGAAGUAUUUGUGAGAGAAUAUUAUGCAGCAAUGAGCGCGAUGAAGAGCUUACGGAUCUGUUAUCGAAUGUUGAGAAAGGACGGCAAAUAUAUUAUUAUGGAGACAAAGGGGCAUUUCAAACAAAAUCGCUUCUUUGGGUCUGCUCGAUGUGUACCAACACGACCGGCUAGAAUACUCGACACGUUUCUGGAUUACAAAAUGGAAAACGAGAUAUUGAAAAGGAAAAUUGCUUUUCUUCGUCUAAACAUUCGUGACACGGAUGCUGAGAUCUCAGAAAUCACGGAGGGCUCAGAUGGCUCCAAGGCUUCGAGAAAUUACAGUUUACAAAACCAUGUCAAGGAAAGCGACUCGGAUGAAGACUCCAACCGAGACAAUAGUGGCAGCGACGUCGAUUAUGAUUGUCAUAAUGAUAUUAAUUAUGACGAUCAUUGUGAUAAUAACUAUAGUAAUGAUUAUAAUAUUGCUGAUAUUGAUAAUGGCGAAGAUGAAGACCUAAAAAGACACAAAGCCGAUGAGAAAAAAGACAAUGGGUUUGUCCAAACUUGUCCUACAUCAGGGGAUAUUGUACAAAUCUUGCCAAAUUCUUUCAACGUUCCAGGGAACGUGGUACCUAUUUAUGACGCUUCCUCCUGUCAAGAAAGAAAAUAUUCAGACGAUAAUCUUUUAAUGGAGCUUAGAAACAAGGUUCUAAACGCGCCAAACUUUAUCAAGCUGGGCAAAAAUGAUCUAGCAAUUGAAAACAACCAAGUUUACCCACAAAGAGCCGAGAAAAGGAGAUUUACAGACACAAUUGAACAAAAAAUAUGUGUUGGCUGUAGUACAACGAACGCACCAGAAUGGAGAAAAGGUCCAAAGGGUCCAAAAACUCUUUGUAAUGCUUGUGGACUUCGAUGGGCCAAGGCAAGCAGAAAAAAAUCGUGACUUCCCAAAGGCCCUACAAAUCACCAUUUUUUGUAUACGAUUUGGCAAGUCAAAAGUGCAAAAAAAAAGGCUUAUUUACAUUACACUGAGUAAAACAAAAACUGGAAUUCAUUACAAAGCACAACACGGAAUAGCGCAUAACAACAUUAUAACUAUAAUUUACUUUGCUACAUUAUAUCAUAUCAUAUUUCACUACAUUACACUACAUUACAUUUUGCUCAACUAUAUUAUAUAUUAUAUACUAUACUAUACUAUACCAUUCCAUACCAUUAACACUGUAAAGAUAUACUUGCAAUGCUUCAUAUGAAUAUCUUUUUAUCACUAGCAUCAAUAAAUAAACAUAAUUUGACUUUG